AUGUCAACGGCCUGUCCCCCAAAUAACCCCAGCACUCUCUUUUCUCUGGUACAAAAUCUCACUUCUGACGCUCAAAUUGAUGCUUUCGAGCGUUCUGCGUGGUCCGAGACGGGAGGCCUGGAGUAUAUCCAGAACCUGGCCUUCAAAGACGACAUUGAGCCAUUGAAAGUAGCUACACAAGGCAAAUUCUACGCCAUCAGUUCGUUUGCAGCAGCUAUGAAGUAUAUUCAUCAGAAGUUCUCGAUCAAUUUCGUGCCGCAUUCACUUCGAAUUCAGUAUCGACCUUCUGAAGAUACCAUGAUGAUUGACAUUUCAGCAAUCCAAUCUCUCGAGAUCAUGCAGAACCUGCGAAGCUCCAAGUCUAAAGACUCGCUGUUCGGUUUACUGAACCACACAUCCACCCCGAUGGGCUCUAGACUGCUGCGAAGUAAUAUCCUACAGCCACCGACUGAUGCUGAAAGAGUUGUUCUCACUCGCUAUGAUGCCCUCGAGGAGUUGACGACAAAUGAGGAAAUGUUUCUCGAGAUCCGAAAAGCCCUCAAGCUGUUCCAUGAUAUUGAGAAGCUCCUGACCAAGUUGAUUAUUGUGCAUACGAAUGCCACCGUUCAAAAGGUUGAAGAGCAAAUCAACCAGGUGCUGAUGGUCAAAAGCUUCCUUGAAGCGAUCCCCGAACUCUAUACCGCUUUAGGCCCUGCUACAUGCGAUUUACUCACCAAGAUUCGUGCACGUUGUUGCCCUGAGAUUACAAACCCUAUACUUGACAAGAUCCGCCAAACCAUCGAAGCAGAUGUCACUUAUAUGAAGUCUGCAUUAGAUCUCCGCAAUCAGAGAACCUUUGCUGUCAAAGCAGGUAUCAAUGGCAUGCUUGACGUUGCACGUCAGACUUACAAGGAGCUCACCGAAGAGAUUCAUUUACAUAUAGAUGAGUUGAAUGAGAUUCACAAGGUUAAUGCCACUCUCAGAUACGACAAUGGUCGAAAGUAUUGGUUGCGCUUUCAAGCGGCCGACUUUGAUGACCGGCCUAUUCCAGAUAUCUUGAUCAAUGUGGUGCGAAAGAAGGACAAGAUUGAAUGUCAAACUCUUGACCUGGUUAAACUCAACCUGAGACUUUCCGACACCUCGAACGAGGUUGUUAUUCGCAGCGACAGUGUUGUACAGGAUUUACUCAAGGAGCUGCGGAACAAUGCACCACACCUGUUCCAAGUUUGCGAAUCGAUUGCCCUCAUUGACAUGAUCUCAUCCUUUGCACAGCUCGCCACUACGAGAGACUAUGUGAGGCCCGAUAUCAGCAGCACGCUGGCUUUGAAAGCAGCCAGACAUCCUGUCCUUGACAAGAAUAUGAAUGGCAAGUUUGUACCAAAUGACUACUAUUCCACAGAGCAAUAUUGCUUCCAUAUUGUGACUGGAUGCAAUAUGGCUGGAAAGAGUACCUACAUCCGAGCAGUCGCCUUGCUUCAGAUCAUGGCACAAAUCGGUUCUUUUGUACCUGCAGAAUAUGCUGCUUUCUCUAUUAUCCACAGCAUAUUUGCUCGUGUCUCUCUAAGCGACAACAUCGAAAGCAACCUCUCCACCUUUUCCGUGGAAAUGCGCGAGAUGGCUUUCAUUCUGCGCAACAUUGAUGACAAGAGCCUCGCCAUCAUCGAUGAACUGGGCAGAGCCACAAGUAACAGGGAUGGACUGGCUAUUGCGAUUGCCAUGUCCGAAGCUUUGAUUGAAAGCAGGGCAUCUGUCUGGUUUGCGACUCACUUCAUUGACCUUACAAAGGUUCUCGCAGAUCGUCCAGGUGUUCUCAAUCUACACCUUGCAGCCACUAGCACCAUGACACCAGAAGGGAUCCCACAUAUUACGAUGCUUUACAAGGCAACUUCGGGUGCCAUCAGAGGUGAAGAACAUUAUGGUAUCAACCUGGCUAGAGCGAUUGGGUUGCCCCAAAGCUUCAUCGACAAAGCAGAAGAGGUGGCAGAUGAUCUUCGAAAGAAACGAGAAGCGAGCAAGCGCAGUUCAGAAUCGUCAAGACUUGUGGCUAGACGAAAGCUGAUCCUGAACCUACAGGAUGCCUUGAGACAAGCUAGAGAUUCAGGCAGCGAGGAAGCUCUUCCGGGUUAUCUGACUCGACUUCAGGAAGAGUUUGUUUCGCGCAUGGAGGAGGUGGACAACAUGUAG